AUGAGGGAUGAUGCCAGAAGGGCUUAUGAGAAGGCAAAUGAAAUCGUUGCUGAGUCUUCGGAUUUUGCAGUGAGGUUUAAAACGGCAUUUGACGGACUCCUGAAGGGGGGUAAUGCAAUGGGUAUGUACUCGGUGGGUCUAAACUUUAUUAAGGAGUACAAGGAAUAUAUUACCGAACUGGGAAUAUCCUUUAAGGGUAGGGGCAAUUUAUUUCAUAAGGCUGGUCUCUUAGUGAAGCAAUUGAGAGAGGAGGGAUCGAAACUCAGCGAUGAGAACGAAUCUUUGAGGCUCGAGGUGGAGAGAUUGAGAGGCGAGAUAUUGGAACUCAAUGUCCUUAAGGAGGUUGCACAGAAGGACGAUCUUGUGGAGUCUGGCAAGACUGUUUGCACGGUGGAAACACAAACACCAGCUUUUCUGCCGGGUGCGCCAAGGUCAAGUAGGAUUGGGGAGGGAACAACAGGAAUCCAAUCGAAACCUGCGGCACAUCAUGUGCCGAAUAAGGAUACGAGCUGGGCUCAAGUUGUAAAGAGAGGGAAGAAGAAGAACGGGGGGAGAGUAAGGCAAAGUGAGAGGAGUGAUGGGGCAAGUGAGUCCCCUGUGCCAGUUUCGGCACUGAAGCCUCCUCCUACCCAUAAAAAACGAGGGAGACAUAAAUCCGGGGCGCCAAAUACCACUGCCGUGGUAUUAACCAUUCCUCCGGAGGUGGAGGCUAAGGGACUGACGUAUGGAAAGGUCAUUUCCAGGGCCAGAAAGGAGAUCGCUCUCCCGGAACUGAGCAUUCCGGGAGGUGUAAAUAUGGGCAGUACAGCCACUGGUGCCCGGAUUUUAAAGGUGCCGGGGGCCGAUAGUGGGGCGCAAGCGGAUCUGCUUGCCUCCAAAUUGAGGGAUCUACUGGGAGAUGCUGUUGAGGUCACGAGGCCCAUUAAGAGGACAGAUUUAAGAGUAACAGAGCUGGAUGACUCUGUUACUUCCGACGAGCUCAAAAUGGCGCUGGCUAAUCAGGGCGGAUGUCCCCCUGAAAAGUUGGUUGUAGGCCCUAUAAGUAUGGGUGUUGGGGGUCUCAGAAUGGCUCUUUUGAGGUGCCCUGUGGCAGCAGCCGAAGUGUUGGCUAAGAGGGGGAGGGUGUUGGUGGGCUGGACUUCCGCCCGUGUUAAACGCCUAGACCCGUUGCCCUUGCGCUGUUUCAAGUGCAAAAAAAAAAAAAAGGUACAGGUGUCUUAACUCGAAUAGUCAAAAAAUUAUACCCACUCGAAUGUGAUUACUAGUAGAAUAAUACUCGCACUAUAACUAAUAAAUACUAACCAUGCUUAUAGCAGAAAGCCUACUCUAAUUCACCGAAAAACUAAAUAUCGUUCGAAAUUUCGGACGUUUCCUACCACAAUUACGUUCGUUCCGAAUAUUCAACGAACGAAAAUGUUUGACAUAUUUAUUUUCUAAACCUACUCUAUUUCACGAAAUGACAAAACGAAUAUUUGAGUUUGACAUCUAAUUGUUCGGAAUUCUUACCUCAAAUUGACGAAGUAAAAAAUGUUACCUUUUCAUUAUCGUUAGCAAUUUCUUAUUUUCAAAAUGGGGUCUAUAUUACUAUUAAUCGAGUCAGCUCUCAGUAAAGAACGAUUAGACCGUAGGAGAAAUCGGCAGCGGCUUCGAAAUAGCCUUAAUAUAAGAAAUAUUCUCGAUACUGAGUUUGUAAGUAUUAAAGACUCAGUUGUGAAUUAUUUUAGGAACUAUGCCAAGAGAUUAUACCUUUACUGCGUCCACAGGCAAGAUCUCAUGCCAUCGAGUCCACAAUUAAACUUGGAAGAUAUUUUAUCGUAG